GGCUGCGCGCCGAGGCGGUGGUGCAGCCUGGAGCACCGGCAGCUGCGGCGGCCGGGACCCUGGACCCCCUCCCCAAGCGAGAGGGAAGGAAGGAAGGAAGGAAAGAAGGAAGGAAGGAAGGAAGGAAAGGAGCGAGCAAAGCCCCUCCCACCUAAGGAUGACACUAAACACCCAGCAAGAAGCAAAGAUUCCCCUGCGUCGGCGAGCCAGCACUCCACUGCCUUUGUCCCCCCGGGGCCAUCAACCUGGCCUCCUGUGUACAGCACCUUCCACAAAAUCCCAGCAUCCCCCACUGGGCCAGUCAGCCUCCCUCAAUCCUCCCGCCCGGCAGCCUUCACCUGCCCCCAAUGGUUGGUCCUCUGAAUCCAGCGACUCUGAAGGCUCCUGGGAGGCCCUCUACAGCGUGGUACUGCUGGGCGAUCCCGGCGUAGGGAAGACCAGCCUGGCCAGCGUCUUUGCAGGGAAGCAAGAGCGAGACCUCCAUGAACAGCUGGGAGAAGAUGUGUACGAGAGGACCCUCACGGUGGAUGGAGAGGAUACCACGCUGGUGGUCAUGGACACCUGGGAGGCUGAGAAACGGGAUGAAAGCUGGCGCCAGGACUCCCGCCUGCAGGUGGGCAGCGCCUAUGUCAUCGUGUACUCCAUCGCAGACAGAGGAAGCUUCGAGAGCGCCUCCGAGCUCCGCAUUCAGCUGCGGCGCACGCAUCAGGCCAACCACGUGCCCAUCAUCCUGGUGGGCAACAAGGCCGACCUGGCCCGCUGCCGGGAAGUCUCCGUGGAAGAGGGCCGUGCCUGCGCGGUGGUGUUCGACUGCAAGUUCAUCGAGACGUCGGCCACGCUGCAGCACAACGUGGCCGAGCUCUUCGAGGGCGUGGUGCGCCAACUGCGCUUGCGCCGCCGGGACAGCUCGGCCCCAGAGCCUCCAUCACCCAGGCGGCGCGCCAGCCUCGGUCAGCGGGCUCGUCGCUUCCUGGCACGGCUGACGGCCCGCAGCGCCCGCCGCCGGGCACUCAAGGCCCGCUCCAAGUCUUGCCACAACCUGGCGGUGCUCUGAGGCCACCCGACCUCCUGGGGGUGGCGGAACACGGGGCUGCAUUCUGAGCUCCACCGGUGCCACCGAGGGUCCUCGACGCAGUUGCCUGGACUGGUCACAGUAGGUUGCACCUGCCUGCUGCCCCGAGGGCUGGAGCAUCUCCCUCCCUCUCCGCCCCAGGAAGGAGGGGCGGACAGACUAUGGGGCCGAAGCCCCAAGCUGGGCACAGAGUAGGGUUUUUUUUACGCGGUGCGUGUCUUUUUGUAGAAAUCUUCCUUGUCCCUUGGCUCUGGCCAACUCCCCACAAUAAACCAGACCAGAAGGA